AUGCAAAUUCACGAACAAUUAAAAAUUAGAAGUAUUAGUCUCCUGUUCGCACUGAUUGGAAGUACUUUCGGGUACUUUCACGGUGUAGAUCCUAAUACACUAAAAUGCGACCCAACAGGCCAGAUCAGUCUACUCCUGCCACACUUUACGAAUUGUAACAAAUUCUAUAUGUGCGCCCAUGGUUCUGAGGUUGAAUUUACUUGCCCUCAAAAUACCAUAUUCGACUUUCCAGUUCAGACUUGCAAUUGGCCAUGGGCAACGAAAUGCUGGCUCAGGAAUGGCACUGACGACAUUAUUGAAGGUUCUGGUGAAGACGAAUUUGUUCCACCAAAAGAAGUUGAAAUCGAAAUUAAGCCAGCUUCAACGGAGACGAUGAUGUCUGGUCGUCUUGACUGCCACAAUCUUGAUACAGCUUCACGAAGAGUUGGAUUCAAGGGUGACUGUCAAAGAUACUGGAGCUGUACAGCUGGUUCACCCCAUGCUUACUACUGCUCUGAUGGUCUCUUUUUCAACGAAGAAAAGCAGGAAUGUGACUUUGAAGCUAACUCCAAGUGUAUUGACGAAAAUAUUGACGAACUACACACAGAAUUUAUUGAAUACAACUAA